AUGGUAUAUUUCUGUAUUAUUAUUGCUUUUGUUUUUUUGCAUAUAAUCUGUGAUUUUAAUUACUUUCUGCGGACUGUUUUUACUGUUAUUACAAGUCGUUUUUGUGAAAACAAAUGUUCUUUGGAUGACGUUACUACUAUUUAUGGUCUUUGUACUUUACAAGAUUGCGAUGUAUUCUUCAAGAGUAUUCGCACGGCCAGAUUAGUACGCGAAAUCGAUUUCGCGAGAUACCAUUUUUACGAGAGAGUCGGUAUUUACGAACGCAGUAUAGAAUUGGGUGUAAAAUCAUUGCAAGGAUCAACAAUGACUGUGGUUUGUGAGCCUCUUCCAAUUUUUGCGCUCUACAAAAUUAAUACUAAGCUAGUUUACUGGGACGAAAGAUCUCUUUUUUUCGAACAUGAAGUAGUUACAUUGCGGGAUGGUAAAGUCAGACAUCUCUUGAUAUCUCGGCAAUAUGCUAUUGGUUCUACUAAAGAAACAACGGAGGCUCUUCUAAAAGGUCUACCCGGCUCAAGUAAUAGACCAAAAUGUCCACCACACAUCGAACGUUGGUUGAGCAGUAUGCAAAAAUCAAGUGAUAAGCUUCGUAAUAAACAAUAA